AGAGAACUGCCCCGUCCCUUUUUUGACUUGUGUUCUCUCUCUCUCUCUCUCUCUCUCCCUCUCAAAUUCUCAAUACACAUACCACUUAGCUUCCAAAACCCAACAAAGUCUCCUCUCUCUCUUUUCUCUCCCAAAGAUCAAUUACAGAAGCCCUGACCGAGAGAGAAAGAUAGAUGGGAAGGGCUCCAUGCUGCGACAAGGCCACUGUGAAGAGAGGGCCAUGGUCUCCCGAAGAAGAUGCCAUGCUCAAGGAGUACAUCGAGAAACACGGGACCGGAGGCAACUGGAUCGCUCUCCCGCAGAAUGCCGGUCUUAGGAGAUGUGGGAAGAGUUGUCGGCUAAGGUGGCUCAACUAUCUUAGACCUAACAUCAAGCAUGGAGAUUUCACUGAUUUUGAAGAUAGAGUGAUAUGCACGCUCUAUGCUAGUAUUGGGAGCAGGUGGUCAGUAAUAGCUGCUCAGUUGCCCGGGAGGACCGAUAACGACAUCAAGAACUAUUGGAACACCAAGCUGAAGAAGAAACUCAUGGCCGUGCUCCCUGCGAUGAUAUCCCAAAGUCAAAGGACGGCAUCCCUCGUUUCCCCUCUCCAAGCUGCCAGUAGCUUCUUGUUCUCACCACUGCCUCACCACAUUCCCUCUCCGCCAUUACCAUCAUUACCAUCACCUUCCUAUUACCUCCCGCUGGCUCUCCAGUCGUCGCCCUUGACCCACGAGAUCAGCUUUGAAAAUCCGAUGCAGCAUUAUCAGUUACAGAAAGAUGGUAGUGGUUCCAUCGCCUAUGGAGGUAGCAGUGGAGAUGGCACUUGCAGUUCAUCCGAAGCAAACUGCAAUUUCAGCAGCACGAGCAGUACUGUUGGCGGCACGAGUAGCGACCGAUCUGUGUCAUAUGAUUUCUACCCCUAUCACGGGGUGGAGGAAAAAGAGAACUUGGUGCCAGCAAGCAGUGGAGGCGGCGGCAGCGGGUGCACUGUUGGUGGUGGCGAGUGGACUCAGAAGGUGGCUGCCGAUAAAGCAUGGGGAGAGAAUGCGGUCACAGCGGAUUACGGGUUUGAGGAGAUUAAGCAGCUCAUUAGUACUAAUAUUAGUACCACCUCUUGCUUUUUGUUUGAUGAAAACAAGGUAGGAGAAAGUGUGUAUUACUGAUUAUGUUGGUGAUGAAUCUGUGUGACUAAAUUGAAGUUUUCGAAACCUUCACAUUGGGCAGACUUUCUAGGCUUCAUGUCACGCGAAAAAUAAGAUUUAGUGCAGUGGUAUGUACCUGAAGGUUGAAGUCAUCAUAAUUAAGGUUACGUACAGGGUGAGACUGCCAUUACAUAUGUUGUUGGGUUUAUUUAUGCCCUUCGUUCCAUUUGAUCUUAUAUUCUUGUCCGGUUCCUCACAACCAGAAUGUUAAUGUCAUGGACUCAUGGGUGUCGAGUUAUGUAUAUGUAAACUGUAGUUUUUAUAUAAAUAUCUAUCUAUUACACGUGA